UCUCUAAUUACUGUACAAAAUCUAACUUUAUCUGUUAAUACUAUAACACAACCAAUACUUGUACAAGACUUAACCAUAUUUAUCAAUACCAUAACACAACCAAUAUUCCUUAAUUCUAUAACACAAAUACAAACCCCAAUAGUACCUACUAAAACUAUAACAAGUUUUCAAACAUGUCUUGAAGAAUAA